AUGACUGGGGACGAGGGCGAUGACAACGACGAAAUCGAUACGGACUACUUUAUUGAAGAAAACCCCGAACAUUCAAGUUCCUCUUCUUCUAAUGAAGGCGAAGAAAAUGAUGACGAUAACAUACCUUUGAGUAUGCUAGCAGGAUGGCAGAAGAAGCCCUUCAAUGACAAAUCUCUUCCAGAAGAUGCUGUUCGUGACCCAGGAGAUAUUAAAACCCCACACGAAUAUUUCGAGCGCUAUUUUACUGACGAGCUCAUGGAACAGAUGGCUUUGACCACAAAUCAAUAUUAUAUGGCCAAUACUGGUAUACAAAUGAAACCUGUUUGUUCUUUACUAGAUAUAAAGAAGUUUUUCGGAAUACAUGCCAUUGUUGGGUGUAUAAAAUUUCCAAGACUGAAGAUGAUUUGGAACGAAAAAUCCAGGUAUGACCCGAUUGGAUAUGCAAUGUCUAGGGAACGGUUUUUCCUUCUCAAGACAAACUUGCAUUGA